AUGCGUUGCCUUGAGUGCAAUGAUCUUUAUUGCCAUGACUGUUGUCAUAAAGCAACAUCCGAUUGUCAGUUGCGCGAACAUACACUUCUCCCAAUACAUCAAAUAUCGCCUAUUGGAGUCAGGCCCAAUUCUGUCAACAAUGACAAAGAAACUCUCUAUUGUGAUCUCCACGGUGAACCUGUACGAUUUUACUGUGACGGAUGCAUAAUUUUUAUUUGCCAGGAAUGUACUUUUUGGGUACAUAAAGAUCAUAAAUAUUCCCCAAUAAAGGGUGCUCUUAAUGCGUGCCGAAUAGGUGCGAUGAAGGCAAUAGAAGAUACGAAAACUGGCACGAAAGCAAUAAAAACUGCAAUAGAUCGUGCAGUAGCUAUGACUAAAGCUUAUGAAAAAGAAUCUGCAGAAGCAAGUAUGAAAAUCAGAAAAGCUAUGCGUUGUUUUGCCCAGGCUGUUGAAGACCGUGAAAAAUACCUUUUGGACAAGGUUGAGAAAAUGCGUCAGGCAAAGGUUAACGAGUUGUCUGACCAUAUGAACACUUUGCGCGGUAUACUCGCUGGUUUAGCCCAUACUAACGAAACAUUAGCGCGAAGUAUGGAUUCCGAUGGGAUAGACUUUUUUAUGGCUAAAGAAAAGGGAAGAUCACAGGUAGAUUACUUUGCAGCGAUGUUUAAACAUAUGACUAUUGCUGAGGAGAGAAUUGUGUUUACUCAGCCUAACUAUGACUUGGUUGACCAAUUAAAACGACAAUGUGAUGUGCAACUCACGCCCACAAAUCCCCCUUUAAUGAUUAAUUCUGCCCCAUUGCACACUCGCCAGUCUUUAAUGUCAAUGCAGUCAUUGCAGACAGCUCAGUCGUAUCCACCCUUAAAUUACAGUCUCGCAAGUACUAGCAGCAUGAGAUCGUUGCCAGAUUAUUCUAUGAGUACAAGGUGUACUAAUUAUUACGACCAUACUUCUUCGACUGUGGAGUCGACUUCUGCACGCGGUAUUGGACAAGCCAUUUCAGGUUACUGGAUGUCCGUAUCUGUGAAGCCAACCAGAAGUUCAAUCCCUGGAGUGCCUAUGUUUUCAUUUGGUCGAGAGGGACAAGAUGAAGGCCAUGUUUCUAGACCAUGGGGUUUGUGCAUAGACAGGGAAGGCAACAUAAUAGUUGCUGACAGGCGUAAUAAUCGCAUUCAAAUUUUCAAUAGCCGUGGCGAGUUUAAAACUAUGUUUGGUUCCAAAGGUACUGGCCCUGGUGAAUUUGAUCUCCCAGCUGGCAUAACUACUGACUCAUUUGGUAGAAUAAUUGUCAUUGAUAAAGACAACCAUAGAGUUCAAAUAUUCUCACUGUCCGGAAACUUUAUCCACAAAUUUGGAUCUUUUGGGAAAGAAUGUGGGCAGUUCCAGUACCCGUGGGAUGUUGCUGUUAAUACCUUAGGUAACAUCGUUGUGACUGACACGCGUAAUCACCGAAUUCAACUAUUCGCAAGCGAUGGGACUUACAUAACCAAAUAUGUAUUUGAAGGAGCUAACCCAUCUAAAAUGUUGAAGGGCCCAACAACGCCGCGAGGCGUAUGCUUCACAACUACAGGCAAUAUAAUAGUAUCUGAUUUUGAGAAUCAUCGCUUGUUAAUGGUAGAUUCAACUCUAUCGAAAGUUCUAUAUUGUGUAGGACGUGAAGGUUCCGGUAUCGGUGAGUUGAAUCGUCCAUCGGGCAUUGUAACCGAUGACGAAGGUCGCAUAAUCGUGGCAGAUUCCAAAAACCACCGUGUACUUGUGUUCACGUCGGAACUCCGCAUACUUUCUGCUGUGGAUUUGAAGAGUCCAGGCCUUGACGACAAAGACAGACCUAGUGACGUAGCUUUAACUCCAGAGGGUUAUUUGGUGGUAUUGUUUGAAACUCUACCAGACACAGCUCGCGACAUCUCAUCUCACGGCAAGCAAUAUAUCAAAGUAUAUUAA